ACUCGCUUACGGUCACGUUGAAAACCGCCCGCUCCGACCUUUCAAACGCCAUCUCCUUUGGAUCCCCAAAUUACCCAAAUCUCUCUCUCUCUCUCUCUCUCUCUCUCUGUGUAAAAAACAGAAUGGGAAGCGAUCGGAAGUCGAAGGAGAAAAAGAGCAAGAAGAGAAAUUCAUAUUCUUCGGGCUCAGAAGACGAGAGAAAAAGCAAGAGACACAGAACAGAAGAGGAUGGCGACAGGAAGAGCAGGAAGAGUGAUAAGAAAGAGAAGCGAACGGACAAGAAAUUCCGUAAGGACUCCCAGCGCCAUUCUGACAAAGAAAAGAAGUCAAAGGAUAAGCACAAAAGUAAACAUCACAGAAGUGAUCGCCACUUGCAGGAGGUCCAAGUGCUUUCCAAUGAUGACUAUUUCUCAAAGAAUAAUGAGUUUGCUACCUGGUUGAAAGAAGAGAAAAACGUGUUUUUCUCUGAUCUUUCCUCUGAGUCUGCACAUGAACAUUUCUCGUAUUUUGUGAAGGCCUGGAACGACCAGAAGCUUGAAACCCGUUACUAUGAGGGCAUUUCAAGUGGGCCACGAACAUCUCAUAACUGGAAAAUCCGAAAGUAGAAAGUGUUGCACUGGCCGAUUCCGAUUCGUUUGGUUUUGUUUUUGUUAUUGCUUUGAAUCUACGGAUUUGCAGUUUUGCUUAGAAAGGAUCCAUGUAUUUUCUCAAUAUAUGUGAUAGGAAAAGCAAUCUUUAUGAGAA